CUGGAGGUGAAUUCUGGUCUCUGUCAAUUCACCUUCCUAUAUCGACAACAAGCCAUUUCCAUGGUCACAUACCGACAUGUACCCUCUGCCAGGCAUUUCUCCCAAGCGAGGCGCGUGCGAUUGCUAUUGACUCAACUGUUGGCUCGAAUAUUUCCUGUCGUGGAGAUCCCUUUCCUGAUUGGUCAUUAGUGGAUGUCGUGAUCAUAUGUCGAUAUGGUAUCAUGGCCGCCAAAAGCCCAAAGGCAACACUUGAAUUGCAGGCGGGAGAUGCUGCCGGUGGGAAUGAUUGUGGAGAUGGCCGAUAAUGUUGCAGUGUCAUUGUGUUACAAUGAUCCACGAGGAGAGGUCCGAAGAAAACGCUGAAGUUACUUAUAUCUCAGCACCAAUGGCAUUUACUGGGCCUCAAUACCUGAUUCCAGCAGAGGGACAAGAUGGCUGCCAACGAAGCUUCAAUUGAAGCCGACAAGAUCACUGCCGUCCAGACUAGUCCUGCUUCGGUCGCCAGUUCUCCUGCGAAUUCAGCGGACCUCGACGAUGACUACCACCUGUACAAGCGGAGUGAUGAUCAAGAACUCGACCCAGCCGAAUCUAAAAAGGUCCUGCGCAAGCUUGAUGUGCGAAUAGUCCCUAUUCUCUUUCUCAUAUACCUGCUGCAAUAUCUGGACAAGAAUGGCAUCAACUACGCCAGUGUGUACGGUCUGCAAAAGGGCACGAAUCUCCAUGGACAAGACUACUCCUGGUUAGGGUCGAUCUUCUAUUUCGGGUAUCUGUGGGCGCAGUAUCCGGCCGGUUAUUUCUUGCAGAGACUUCGGGUCGGAAAGGUGAUUGGGGCUACUACGAUCGCUUGGGGCAUUAUCCUGAUCACGACUCCGGCAUGUACAAGCUUUGCCGGCAUCGCCGUCAACCGCUUCUUGCUCGGCUCGUUUGAGGCGGUGGUGAACCCAGGGUUUAUUCUCAUUAUGAGCAUCUGGUACACAUCGCUGGAGCAACCCUUGAGACUGGAGGCCUAUUACUGUACAAAUGGCAUCGCAACGAUGUUUGGAGGCCUGAUCGGCUAUGCGGUCGGCCAUAUCACAACCGGCCUGCCUCGUUGGAUGUACGUUUUUAUUAUAUUUGGCAGCAUUAGCAUCGCUCUGGGCGUCCUCGCGCUCGUCAUGCUCCCCGACCUCCCCUCGACAGCCAAAUUCCUCACGGACGCGGAGAAAGUGAUUGCCGCGAAGCGUGUCUCUGCCAACCGGCAAGGCAUCAAAAACCGGCAUUUCAAGUCCUACCAGAUGUGGCAGACGUUCAAAGAUCCAAAAACCUGGAUCUUGUUCGUCAUGGCCGUCGGGGCGCAGGUUCCGAACUCGGCAAUCACUCAGUUCACGUCGCUGGUGAUUCAAUCGUUCAACGUCGACACGUUGGGGACGCAGUAUCUCCAGAUUCCGGGCGGCGCGGUGCAGUUCGUCGCCCUCCUUGGUGGAGGCAUCGUCUGCUCCAGGUGGCCGAAUCUGAGAUGCAUCACGAUGAUCGUGGCGAACACAAUCUGCAUCGUUGGCUCCGCGCUCCUCGUCGGUUUGCCGGAUAGUAACAAAUGGGGCCGGAUGGUUGGGUUGUGGUUGUGUUUUUUCCAGGGGCUGGGCUUCAGCAUGAGUUUGACCAUGGUCAGCUCCAAUGUCGCCGGUUACACCAAGAAACAACUUACCGCGGCGAUCCUGUUCACCGGGUAUUGUGUGGGGAACAUCAUUGGGCCACAGACGUUCAAGUCGAGCGAGGCGCCGCGGUACCAUUCCGCCUACGUGGCGAUGCUGGUCGGGUACACGAUCAAGCUGGUGGCAAUCGUGGUCUUGUACAUCUACAUGUUCCUCGAGAACAAGCGACGGGACCGCGAGGCCGCCUCGUCUGGUGUGGUGGAUCUGGAUGAAGAGAAGGAAGCUAUCGAACGAGGAAUGCACGAUGUCACCGAGCUGGACAACAAGGGAUUCAGAUACACGCUAUGAUGCCGCAAGGGAACUUUCCGAGCAAGGAAGAGCUAGGAUUACAGCCGUAAGAACGGUCCGGUCGAAUGGGAAAAAGGAAACAAGUUUU